AUGAAUAGUAGAGUAUGCCCAUUGGUCAUACGCGACCCGGAUGGUGUAGUGGUGAAGUGCGCUGCUCCCCGGUGUGAAAUAACUCUUUCAGGUUCCUUGUUGGUGGCAGCAGUGGAUCGGCAUGUUUUUCUUGCUGGUGCUUCUGGAGGCGUUUAUGCUCUUUUGGCGGCCCAUCUUGCUGAACUCAUCAUGAAUUGGUCGGAAAUGGAGUUCAACUGGGUGCGAGCAAUUGUCCUAACGAUUAUGAUCGGGUCCGACGCCGCCGUGUCCAUCUUUCAGCGGUAUUUCGUCGACAGAACGGACAGGGUAUCCUAUGUCUCUCAUAUCGGCGGAUUCUUGGCUGGGGUAUUUUUAGGCGUCGUUAUCCUUCGUAAUUUCCGUUACCAUCGUUGGGAAGGAAAGUUGUGGUGGGCGUCUCUGUUCGCCUACGUUUUCUUCCUGAUCGUCUGUGUUGUGUUCAUAUUUGCACGUCAUAUUAUAAAGUUUUAA